UUGCAGUGGUGGAGAAGAACGUGAACGUCAUUUUUACAAUGGCGGAGGCUGGGUGAAGAGGACAGUGUGUGGAAAGCGGCGCCGUAAUCGUCCGAGCUACAACGCCUUUACCCAGCGCACGGUGCCUCAAAAUGGCCCUGAACCCCAAGGCUGCAGGAAAGGCGGACUCAGAAUGCGCAGAGACGGGAGACCCGCUCCCGAGGGGCGGCGAAGCGGACAAGAAUUCAGCCGCCACUUUGGCCACAGCCAACCAAAAUGGCGAACAGCCUGGAUGCAGAGACGGUGUAAUGCCCGAACAAGAAGCCCCAGAACGGCGGAGGAGCUUGCUGGCGGACGCCCGGUGCUCCAGCAGGUCUCCCCUGUCUGCUCAGAGAUCGAGCGAGGAGUUGCCACGGAAGAAUUUCCAGAUUCCGAGGAAGACGAGAGAACGGAAAGGUCUCUACCAGUUUUUGCCCCCCGAAAGCCGGGAGUUUGAGGAGCUUGUGAAGAUAAUUUCCUCCUUUUACUUGGAUGCUUCAUCACGCGGAAGUUUCUCCUACUGUAAGGCCAGGCUGAUUCACAACGAGCUGCUGGAGAAGGAGUUUAUUGAGAAGCGGCGAGAAAUGAAGCAGGAGGGGCGGACCGAACAAGAGCUUUCUGAAUCGUACUGCUUCCUUUUUCCAGAUAAAUCCAAGCUCCAGUGGAUCUGUGAGAAAGGCUUGUCAUUAGGACACUGCAGGAUCACAACAUUAGGAAAUCCAUCAAUGGGUGUUUAUCUCUCAAAAUACUCUGAUUUAUUACAAAUAAAUCCCUUUGAAGUGGGUUCGUUUGGAGAUAUGAUCAUCUUUAAGGUCAUGAGGGGACGAGUAAAGCACAUCCACGAGAACAUGCCUAAGAACGCCAUCGAACCUUCACCAAAGUUCGACUGUCACUUGUCCAAAAGUGCCAGCAGGGUCACAUCUUUGCUGUCAUAUAGAGCUUUUGAGCUCACGCAGCAAUAUUUCUUCGAGUUUGCGUUUGACGAGAUCAAAGCGCGGCCCCGGCAUGUAUGCCCCUACGCUGUGGUUUCCUUUCAGUACAAAGGCAAGGAGGUGGCAGCAUCCCCUAUGACUGCACACAGGUUCAAUGCCAUUUCCCCUGAAGGAAGUACAGGGAAGAGUUGCUACACGGUGUGGAGCGGUCCACUGGUGAACAAGGGUCAGGAGUUAUUCCCUGUCUGUUUGCGUUCCUUUUCACGCCCCUACCUCCCUUUCAAGAUGCGUGAGAAGUUAGAGAUGAAUCAAGGCAUGCAGCUGGAUCAGGUGAAGAGGAAGAUCCCCCCCUUUUUAUUUUCCUGGGACACCUACAGCAUAUCACGGGAAGUGAUGAAGUGUGGGAUGUCCUGCAGCCUGUUUGAGGUGGUGGAGGGAAAGGGUAAAGCAACCAGCGGCAGCCUGACAGCACUGAUCAACAAACUGGAGAGGGACCGAAUGGUACUAGUGAAGUCCUUGUUUGACAAGGGUUUCCUCUUCCUGCUGUCCUCAGCUCAGAUGAUUGACUCAAAAGAGCGGCGGGGGCGGAUGGAGAAGAAGCUUCAAGCAUUAUUCAUCUUUCAGGAGUCGAGGAUGGUUGUCAAGCACUCUGCCAGAGUGUCGGAGCCAGAGCCCCAGGCAACUUUCCUGACCUCCAUGGAGCCUUUUAUUCCUGCACUACACUAUGCCUUGUUUAAGCUGCGUCUGAAGCCAGGCAAGGACCUGAGUCUUGGUGUGGAACGCCAAUCCGCAGACUAUCUAACGCGUAUGGAGUCUGGAACGGUGCGACCUUUUAUUCUGCCUGACUACAGAAACAGUUUUGAUGAAAGGGCAAGCCCUAUUUCGGUGCCUAGACCCAAAUUUAAUAUGGACGCUGUGUUACGGUCGUACGUUCACAACUCUGCAAACUACGUUUUACCUCUGGGCAAGGCACGGGACAUAAUGGAACGAAUAAGGAGCCCCGCCCCCGUACCUCCACCCGCAUCAGUUCCUGUUUGUGCUCCUCUUUCUGUGCCAAUGGAAUACAGCCCUGUUUCUGACUGGGGGGGCUCGGACAGAGGAUCGGACCGAGCAGAAAGAGUCUCCCUGGAGAGGCUUGGCCAGGAGAAGGCACCUCCUGAAACCAGCAAACGUAGGCCAGACACGACGCAUUCAAAUGGUGCUCAGCUGCAACCCAAACCCCACGGCGAGCCACAGCCUUCGAAGUCGGAGCUGUCCCAGAACGAGUACGACCAGGACAAGAUGAAACAGCUGCUUAAGCUGAUCCAGCUACAUAAGAAAACCCUGGUUCAGGAUCCAGGGAGGGAUCUAGGGGAGGAUGGAAGCUGGGAUGCCAACAGUCUAAAAAGGAAAUUCGAAGGGGACGGCGAAGGUGGAAUGAACAAACACCAACGCACUGAUCAUCUUAGUAACGGGGAACCAAGUAGAGUGGGCCAGAAAGACGAAAACACAGCCGAGGCUGGACAGGGGGACAGCCUAACGGCAGUAAUGGAGACCAUCGGCCUCUAUGACACGGACCUGAGAAAUCGCAGCAGCGCUGACGCCUCAACAGCCAACGAGACUCAGCGCCUGCUCAAAAUCCUCCUGGCCACACUCAACAAAGCCAUGGCUCAGAGCUCCAUGCCCGUGCCGCCGAGUCAGGGCGAAUCCUCGACUAGUUCAGGAAUUAUGGAGUCCAUCCUUUCCAAAUCAGCUGCUGCCAUGCAAAUUGAAGCAGCUCCGCAAACAAACUACACAGCGGAGGACAUGGACUGUAGCCCAGGGAGUCCGCCGGGCAUGGGCUCGCCGCCACAGGCAGCACAGCCCUCAGACGUCAUAUCUGAGAAUCAUCCUGUCAAUGAAGAAAAAGCUCAGCCACUUGUUGAAGCCAAACCGGAGCCUGAGCCUGAGCCUGCACCAACGGCAGAAACCAACCAAGAGGCGAAGACGCCUGCUGCUAUAGAAGUGAAAAAUCCUGCUGCGCCAAUGGUCGGAGAUGAGGUUCCCUUCCAGCCCUCCAUCAGCCUGGACACCAUUUUGAACCAGGAGAUCCGCAGCCUCACAUCGGACAUUAAAAACAUCAUGCAGACUCAGCGCAUUAGCUAUACCUCACAGCUCCCCCAAAGGCUGUCUCUACGUCACUGCUGGCAGCCCAGCAGCUACUUCUCACACUAUGUUGUUCCCUUCGUCCCCCCUGUACCCGUCGAGGGGCAUGUCCAAGCACUAUGUGAAAAGAUGGACAGGUUGAUCCCAGCUCGACCUGCUUCUCCCAAGGUCACCUCUCCACCUCCCCCUGUGACAUCUAGCCUUGGAACCCCAACCGCUGCACCCAAGCAGUUUUCCAAAAUGAAAACAGAGCCCUCUGUUAUGAAGAACUCCACAUUCUCAGAUGGUGUUAAAAAGAGCUGCAGCAGCAGUGAGACGUCUGUCAAGGUUAAAACAGAAGCUCCAGCACUGGGGGGAGGAGGGCUUUAUUCUCCCUCUCAUGCCACAUCAGACUCACCAGAAUUGAGCUCCCAUUCGGCUGGUGCUGCUCCUGAAGGCGGGUCAAACCUGCUCGCAGGGAGCCUCAUUGGGCAGCUGAAACCGGAGCUUUUCACCAGUCUGGUGGAAAUCUUCAAAGACGUCACGAAGAAUACAGUUAAAUUUUACAUCUACUCUGGAGAAGAAGGCGAGGACAGCACUGUCUGCAAGGAGAUUAAGGAGUACCUGAAAAGUCUAGGCAACAGUGAAUGCAGUCCGCAGACAUUUCUGGAAAAUAGUGGAAGUUUGGAUAAGCUCCUCAUCAUCAUCAGGAAUGAAGACAUCGCUGCACAUGUGCACAAGAUUCCAGCUCUGGUUUCCCUAAAAAAGUUGCCCUCAGUGAGCUUUGCUGGAGUUGACUCCCUGGACGACGUGAAGAACCACACAUACAACGAACUGUUUGUGUCGGGAGGCUUCAUGGUGUCUGAUGAGUUUGUCCUUAACCCUGAUCUCAUCACACAGGGUGGGUUUUACUCUUUAUUCCAGUAAUAAAUAAGCUGAACC